CUGAGCGUUGUGCGCAAUGCAUACUUUAACCCCCUUCUCGCACCGGGAGGGGGUGCGACUGAGAUGGCGAUCAGUGUGGGGUUGCACACUAAAGCACGCAGUGUUACUGGGGUUGAGGGAUGGCCAUUCAGAGCUGUUGCAGAUGCUAUGGAGGUGAUCCUAUGGACUCUGGUGCAAAAUAGCAGCGGAAAUGCUAUCUGGGUGCUGACAGAGCUUGGGGUGGGUGAUCAUAGUUCUGUGGAAAAUUUGCCCCUCAUUUACGACUUCCGAUAG